UACUCUUCGUCAAUGGGCACUAUCGCAUAUCCAAAGGAAGAAGCUAAGCCGAUUUGUCGUAGUAUCUCUACCGUCCAUGUAUUUCUACUGCCACAGUUCGGUGGCGUUGCUGUGUGUUGUGUGUACGUAUAUAAAUCAUGUGUAAUAUUUACUUGACAUCCGUGCCAAAAGCGAAGCUAAAAGAACAAUCAAGAAGUAAAGCACGGCCCCAUUGCAACAUUCGGCAUUCGAACGCUGAUGUUGGUGCUGACAAACAGUUCGAUGACGGCAGAUCCAAACUGGGAAAAGGCGCAAUGCAGUUAGAAAAAUCAACGCUUAAUAGUCACAAUCGAAUGAAUGACCGAGCGAGUGACUAUAAAUCAUGGAAUGCUUAUGAACAACAAUUGACCGAACACAACGAUGCUACAAAUUACUUUUAACGUAUUAAAGCAGAUCUUUGCACAUAUCCACAAGAAAGUGCCAACACAAUAAUUUUUUGUCCUCGCCUUUGCAGUAUAUACCAUACGAAUGACAAAAAUGUCCCAUUGUGAGUCGUGAGACAGUGAAAUAUUCGUGAAGGGUCCUCAUUGAAUAUUUUAUUGGGAUAUCAUAAAAUCGGGAAGAUCCAUUAUAUGGCUUGCUAUACGAAAAUGAAUUUUAUGCUUAUCAAGAAUAUUUACUUCGGAGGGGCAGAUCAUACAUAUUGAAUAUGAUCUCUGAUGUACGUCUUGAGAUGUUGCAAACGGAUUGACCACACGUGUAAAUGUAAAAACAGAUAUGAAAAGGAAAACGAUCGAGAACGCUUCUUUGCAGAGUUAUACAAUGAAUUCAACCACAUGAUAUCUUUCUUACCGUUGGUCUAUGUGCGCCCAACCCGAUUAUGGCUCAUACAAUUCCAACACCACACGCUUUAGGUAACAUUUUUUCAAAUGGUCCAACACCAGCCGCGGCCUUAACAUCACUUGCUUCUCAAAACAGACUUCUAGAGCUCUCCCGAUUUGGUCUCCGUGGUUAUGAUUUGGCUCAGCAUUUUCUGACUCAACAAAACGCGGUAUCCAAGUUAUUAGGUACGUUGAGACCACCUGGUUUAAUUGGAGGAUCAAAGCCAAAAGUAGCUACACCAGCGGUUGUCUCAAAAAUUGAACAAUACAAACGUGAGAACCCGACAAUAUUUGCGUGGGAAAUUCGGGAGCGACUGAUAUCUGAAGGUGUUUGUACAAAUGCCACUGCACCGUCAGUUUCUUCCAUUAAUAGGAUCUUAAGAAACAGAGCUGCCGAGCGUGCUGCUGCAGAAUUUGCUCGAGCUGCAAGUUAUGGCUACAUCAAUCCCCAACAUCCAUACGCGAGCUUCCCAACGUGGCCAACAGCAUUGCCUGCAUCUCCUCAGUUGUGGCAAUCUGCCACUGUUAAUGACACCACCACUAUAUUAGAGAAACCCAUAGAAUCCAGCAACACCGAGACGGAAAAUAACCAUUUCAAUGAGUGUUUUACACGAAUGUCCCCAGCGUCCAGCGGAAAUGACACACUAGGAUCUCCAGAAGCCAACAGAAUGAUAGAUAUUGAGGGAGAGGAUACCGACACUGAUGAUAGCGAUCAGCCGAAAUUUCGUCGAAAUAGAACCACGUUUAGUCAGGAUCAAUUGGAGGAGCUAGAAAAAGAAUUUGAAAAGUCACACUACCCAUGUGUAAGCACUCGAGAAAAACUGGCCAGCCGAACUGGACUGAGUGAGGCCAGAGUACAGGUUUGGUUUUCCAACAGACGAGCCAAAUGGCGACGACAUCAGCGAGUGAAUCUUCUGCGAAAACGGGACUCGGCAUCGCCGCAGGGGACUUUCAUCAGCCAGCCGCAGCUUCAGUCAUCUCCAGCAACCAUUCCCACAGACACCCAAUUUCCCCACAAAAUGCCAUUGUUACUGCCGCCGGGCGCGAUAGCAAGUGCCAGCGACAAUUCCUCGAAUACAGUAUGUCUCAAUGUCCACAACCAACUGACAUCAUUGUACCCAGCGUUCCAACAACAACCGCUGUCGACACUGCUCAGCGACACCAUCCCCAAACACCAGAGCCCACCACUUCAAACCAUGGCCACACCAAACAUCACUACCAUCCGUACAAACAGCGCACACAGCAGACCUUCAUCCGCAGAAACAUCCGACACAUUCCAGAAUCCCUGCCUGAAGCGAGGGCCAGCAACGAUUCUUCGUGUAUCACCCACAGCAUCAGUUCCAUUAUCAAUGGGAGGUGAGCACAGUGCUUUUAAAACCCUUCACACAAACCCACCUGAUGUCAAACGCUCCCUUACACAUACCUUCGCGGUGACAGCCUUUUCCCCCAACCAGGUAAAAACGAGAAUGACCUCACCAACUAGCGCAACAGAAAAUUUCUCAUGCACUGGAAAAGAAGUCGGCGAGAACUGUGCUCUACAAAAACUUUUUCCCGCUAAUAAAGACUAACUAUCUGCUUUAGAAAAAAUUGUUAUCCAAUUAAAUAGAAUCAAUUCCGAAUUAUUUGUAUGGUUCAAGUAUGGUUCAAACGUUAUUUACUUACAUGUUGCGUAAAUUAAAUGCAUAAGCACAUAUCAAUUAAUAACUUGAAAUAAUCCACUAUUUGUAUAAUUCUCUAUAGGUACAGGCCAUCAAGACAUUUCCAUCCAAACGCAAACCCUUUUUAUUUGAGAGUCAAUUUCUAAUUUAUAAAUUCAUUCAUUUUGUUUACGAGUUUUAGUGCAAUUAAUUUAAUGUGUAAUAUCAACUAUUUAUUUCAACAACUCUACCAAUUAAAGUAUGAUUAAAAGAAAA